CCGGGCGGGGAGCCCCACCGCGGCGGCAGUGGGUGGGCCGGAGCGGCUGCGCGGAGCCGUCAGCAUGGCCGGUGGCCCUGAGCCCUACAUUGAAAUAUUUGAACAACCCAGGCAAAGGGGCAUGCGUUUCAGAUACAAAUGUGAGGGAAGAUCAGCAGGCAGCAUUCCAGGAGAACACAGUACUGAAAACAAUAAGACGUUCCCUUCCAUACAGAUUCUGAACUAUUUUGGAAAAGUCAAAAUAAGAACUACAUUGGUAACAAAGAAUGAACCCUACAAGCCACAUCCUCAUGAUCUGGUGGGAAAAGACUGCAGAGAUGGCUACUAUGAAGCAGAGUUUGGGCCAGAACGGCGAGUCCUGUCUUUCCAGAAUUUGGGCAUUCAGUGUGUGAAGAAGAAAGACCUGAAGGAAUCAAUUUCUUUACGAAUCUCAAAGAAGAUUAACCCUUUCAAUGUGCCUGAAGAACAGCUGCACAACAUCGAUGAGUAUGAUCUCAACGUCGUCCGCCUCUGCUUCCAAGCUUUCCUUCCCGACGAACAUGGCAACUACACGUUAGCUCUUCCUCCUUUGAUUUCCAACCCGAUCUAUGACAACAGAGCUCCCAACACAGCAGAAUUAAGAAUUUGUCGUGUGAACAAGAACUGUGGAAGUGUAAAAGGAGGAGAUGAAAUAUUUCUACUGUGUGACAAAGUUCAGAAAGAUGAUAUAGAAGUCAGAUUUGUCUUGGACAACUGGGAGGCCAAAGGUUCCUUCUCACAAGCUGACGUUCACCGUCAAGUUGCAAUUGUGUUCAGAACGCCACCGUUUCUCAAAGACAUCACUGAGCCCGUCACGGUGAAGAUGCAGCUGCGAAGACCUUCAGACCAGGAAGUCAGUGAACCUAUGGAUUUCAGAUACCUACCAGAUGAAAAGGAUCCAUAUGGCAACAAAGCAAAAAGGCAAAGGUCAACGUUGGCUUGGCAAAAGCUCAUACAGGACUGUGGGUCAAAUGCGACAGAGAGGCCCAAAGUAGCUCCGUUCCCCACUGUCACUCCUGAAGGGAAGCUCAUCAAGAAAGAACCAAACAUGUUUUCAUCUGCAAUGAUGAUGCCGGGGCUAGGAACCCUGGCCAACACUAGUCAGAUCUACCCUGUCUGCAACCAGAUUCCCCAUCCGCCUGCGCAGGUGGGGCCAGGGAAGCAAGACACGCUCUCCUCGUGCUGGCAGCAGCUGUACGGCACCCCCUCUUCAGCCGGCAGCCUGCUUAACGCGCACCCACAGAACAGCUUUGCAGCAGAUGUGCCUCAGGCUGCUGCUCAGGGCAGCAGCUCUCUCCCAGCUUUCCAUGACAACUCCCUGAACUGGCCUGAUGAGAAGGAUUCAGGCUUCUACCGGAAUUUCGGCAGCACAAAUGGGAUGGGAGCAGUGGUGGUGUCAACUGCAGACAUGCAGAGUGUUUCUAGUAACAGCAUCGUGCACCAGGCUCACCCCGCCAGCAUCUCCACAGCCAGCAUCGUCAACAUGGAGACCGACGACAUGAACUGCACUAGUGUAAACUUUGAAAAGUAUAACCCAGUGUUAAAUGCAAGCAAUCACAGGCAGCAGCUCCAUCAGGUGCCUCCAGCUUGCCCGCCUGUAGCAGCCCCGGGCAGUACGCCUUUUAAUUCACAGUCUAACUUAGCUGAUCCAGCAGUUUACAGUUUUAUAGACCAAGAAGUUUUAAGCGAAUCGAGACUAUCCACCAACCCGAUCCCAAACCAUCAGAAUAGCAUUGCAGAUAACCAGUACUAUGACACCGACGGUGUCCACACUGAUGAGCUUUAUCAGUCUUUCCAAUUUGAUAACAUAUUACAAAGCUAUAACCAUUGAGCCAGCAGUGUCGGGCUGGAAGCAGGUACGUAGACCUUUUCAGAUGGCUAGCUGCGUGAAGAGGAGUAACUUACCCUUCUGGAAUCCCUGCUUUCUCUUUCAGAAUGUUACUACGCAGGUUUCAUGAUAUAACUUGAGGUUAUCUAUUACAGCCCAAAGACUGGUGCCCGUAAAGAAGAGAGGUGGGAGUAGGGUUUGGGAUUCUGUACCCUAAAAGUACUUUGUAUGCAUAUUUUUACGCUGUUGGAAAAGGGAACUGUUAACACUUAAAUCUUUCUUACCUUUGGG